AUGGUGUUUUGUAGAGGAAACUCCUUCACACUGACGUCUGUCUCCUCCACAGUGGUGAAGGAUUUGCAGCUCGCCAUCUCCAAGCUGGAAAGCCGGUUCGGUGUGCUGGAGAAAAAUGCUACCUCAGAAAAAGUGGAACUCACACCUCCGCCCGUGACCCAGCAGAACUCUUCUCCCGCGAGACCUGCGCCUGUACCCAAGAAAGUGGAGGAGGAUGACGACGAUGAUAUUGACUUGUUCGGCAGCGAUGAUGAGGAGGAAGAUGCAGAAGCUGCAAGAAUCCGAGAAGAGAGACUAAAGCAAUAUGCAGAGAAGAAAUCCAAGAAGCCGGGACUCAUAGCCAAGUCCUCCAUCUUGCUUGACGUGAAACCAUGGGAUGACGAGACGGACAUGAAGAAGUUGGAGGAAUGCGUUCGCUCUGUUCAGAUGGACGGCCUGCUGUGGGGCUCCUCCAAGCUGGUUCCUGUGGGUUACGGCAUCAAGAAGCUGCAGAUACAGUGUGUGGUGGAAGAUGACAAAGUGGGCACCGAUAUCCUGGAGGAGGAGAUCACCAAGUUUGAAGACUAUGUGCAGAGCGUGGACAUUGCCGCAUUCAACAAAAUCUAA